AUGCCUUUGACCCCAAUUGCCAAACAACGUGCCUCCGUGAAAUGGCUCCUCUCGAAGGCGUACAACAACCGCGUACCGGACAAUCUACGCGAGCCUUACUAUCGUGAUCUGGAGGAUCAAGAGCAUUUAAAACCACAAAUUGUUCAUUCGUUAUCAAAUGCUGAGCUAUAUUGUCUUGCAUUGGCGAAUAUUUAUUCGGACCCGAAUUACCACAACCAAAACCACUGGGGAAUAUUGCAAGCGUUAGCGAGGAAAGGUGUCUAUGUAGCUGAGCCUAAUAAUUCUCAAUUAACUGAAACUAUUCUUAUUCAAAAUUCACCAUUGAAAAUGUCUGCACAUAUGGCUGUGAUAGAAGGUUUGAUGGUCUUGUACGCGAAGGAAGUAGUGACAGGAGACCGUGUAGUGGCGGCGAUCCGACGAUUUGAUCCUCAGCCAGAGAUUGAAGUGCCUGGUGACCAUGAAAAGGGCUUACUUAUGUGGAUAAGUCAUGCCUCGCAUGCAUUAAUCGCCAAAAUCCAAACGGAAGAAGGCGCUGGAGACAAAACGCGACUACCUGAGUUACCUGCAGCCAAGGACUUUCAGUCAUUGUGCGACGGUGUGGGUUUGGCUGCUGUUGUGGCCUUCUACUGUCCCGGCGAGCUCAACUGGAUGGAUAUUAAAGUCUAUGAAACAAAAUUUACUGGUUUUUCUCGCGGACAUGUAUAACGUGCUCGAGAUACAUCCUGUUAAAUGUGUACGUUAUCCAGGAGAGGAAAGAGCCUUGCAGUAUCUCGAUGCUUGCCCGCGCAAUAGUCACGGGGUAGCUCAUAAACGAAGUCUACCGCAAGCUAUAGCUCCAAUUCCUGAUCUGAGAAGCAACCUCUCUGUGUCCGCGCCAGGUUUCACAGUUGGGAAGCCUAUACCAUCAAGCUCUGUAAGAAAAUCACAAUCGCUUCAACAAACGGCUGAAAGUCAUUCAUACGAUGAUAGACGCGCCGGGUCUGAAGAAAAUUUUAUAGUACACAGAAAUCGUGGUAUCCCGACCCUGAGUUCUGUAAUAGAUGAUAAAUAUAGUAAUACAGCUGCUGGACGGCCGAGUAAUUGGGAAGACCAACGAAGAAGUUCAUACGCAGGAAGACGUUCGCGACGCAACAGUGUGACGGAUGACUCCCAGUUGACAAUCGAAAAUUUUGGUGGAUCACAGGACAAUUUACAUAAUUUUGGAUGUGUUCGAAAUCCCGAUAAAGAGUUAGUGCACACGGGUAAGCGCACCGCGACUGAACCCACACUUCCAGCACGCUCAAGCGUCCAAGACGCUUACGGGAGCGACGUCCAGAAUAUUUUAGCUGACAACGGUUACGGAAAUGACGACCUGCCACCCACGAGAUUACGACGACAAAUUUCUAAUUCUAAUCUAAAUAACUCAAGUCACAAAAAUGUUUUACAUUCCACGGAUAAUAAUAACGAGAACACUGACGGCGAAAUAAAAACAACAGCCAAUACGAGUGCUACAAAAAUGUCAAGUUUUGCUAAUUUAACCCAACACAAUUCGGAAAAGAGUAUUAAUUUUAAGUAUACUGAGCAGCAAGAACAUGACGAACUCAGUGCCAAUAAAGUUAAUUAUAAUAAUAAAAAAUUUGGACAAAGUAAUGGUAAUGGUAUUGGAGAAAAGAAAACAACUUUUGCGACUCUACCUAAUACAACAACGUGGCAGCAACAAAGUGCUCAACAGUCUCAACAGUUGGAACAACAAUCAGCUGAUGAAAAUGGCGGUAAUACAAUGGUAUACGCUGCGCAAAUAAAUAACAUAAAAAUGAAAUUAGAAGAAAAACGCCGGCUUAUCGAGAACGAAAAAAGAAGAAUGGAAGUCGUUGUCUCGAAACAGCGACAAAAAGUAGGAAAAGCAGCUUUUCUUCAGGCUGUAACCAAGGGUAAGGUUAAAUCUCCUUCUUCGUCAACAUCCGGUGGUGACAGUCCCGUAGAGCAUGGUCCUCCUACUCCAUUGUCCUCCGGAUCCGCUGGAGAUACCCCAACAAACGUUACCGAGACUACGUCAUCGGUACCUCAUCAAAAUGCCCAAGAAAAACCGCAGCGUCCUUUUUCACUGAAGGAAAUUACUGAAGAUAUUCAUGAUGUCGAGCACAAGUGGUUGGAGCAAGAUGGUAGUGCGCCAUUUACUGAAACUCGCCGUACUCCUGACAUCGAAAACAUGGAUUUCGAUCAAUGUCAACAAUCUAUAUCACACAUGAACUCGACUUUAAACGACAUACAAGUAGACAUCCAACGUCUCGCGAGCCAACAAAAUCAAAUUCAACAGCAAACUCUGAUGACCCAGCAACAGCAACAAAUUCACCAACAGCUGCAAGAGCUCCAGAGUUUGCGGAGCCAACAACAACAUCUCCAAAGUUACGGAAUGCCGCCGAUAAGCCCUAUGACUCCGCGACUUGCAGAUACGCAGCCAGGACAAUUUUACUUACAUGACCAACCGCAGCAAAUGCAGAGAAGAACCUGGGGUCGGCCGGCACACCAGCAGAAUUUGGUUAACGAAAUGGCCUCUGUGGGCCACUAUCAACCACAACCGGUUGUCGACCCUCAUUAUAGUCCUCAGCCAGUCGCCGCUGCCUCUGUUAUAUACCAACAAGAUCCUCGCCUGUAUCAGGACACAAGGACUUGGGGUACUGGUGCUAUACCUCAGCAGAAAGGGUUUGUUUUGCAUGAUAACACGCAAGAUCAACAACAAUAUCAGCCGAGGUAUCUCAACGGUGGCGAUCAUAGUCUCUGCAAUAGUCAAAUGCAUCAACCGAUUCAAAAUUAUCCGUCGGCUGCACUUUUUAAUCAAACCCCGCCCACGGCUGCUAGUCCUCAACACCGUAAUGCCGUUCAUCGGAUAAGUCAACUGAUAAAUGAAAGUCCAGAGACUAAAAAAUCAACAAUACACCAUGUCCCAAUUACUUGUGAAAGUCCUACGGAUAAACGUCAAAAUAAUAUUAACAUCCAUACACCUGUACCAGCACCCCCGGUUGAUGAUAUGGAACCACAAAAUAUAUCAUUCAUUGGUAACGACGAUGAUUUCACACAAGGAAUUAAACGACUACAUAUCACAUCAGGAAGUCGUACAUACAGAAUAGCCUCACCAACAAAAACAACAAUCUCACGUAACUCUUUUCAACCUCACUCAUCGUUGCGUGAAGCGUCGCCGUCACCUACUUCAGCUAUAUCUCCACCAGAAAUAACUCCUCUAGACUCAUCGGACGCUGGUGAAAAGGGAUUUUAUAUAUCGUUCGACAAUGACGGGCCGAAGAAGCCAAAACCUGCAUUGCGUGUAAAAAGGUCACCCAAAAAGGAACGCACUGUAUCCUCGUUUAUUGAGCAGGAAGAUUUUACAGCGCGUCCUGAAUCUCCACCUGCGAAUCCUGUAGACCGACAACGGCAGCUAGAGGCUCAGCGUGACCUGGAACGAGAACGUCAGAGGCAAGCCGAAGAGCGUGAGUAUCUUCGUCAGGAGAUGCGGGAUCGGGAAUUGCGACGAGAAAUAGACAAAGAGCAACGGGCAAAAGAUGACAGACUCCGUACUAAUAGUGAGAGUCGUCAGAAUGCUGCCAAUGCUGUUGGUUUGGUCAUCGGGAAUCAGCUUGCUAACCCGGAUCCCAAUUCUAUUGAUGAAAUGGAGCGCAAGAAGGAGCGUAUUAUGCUGCUGUCGUUGCAGCGACGGCAACAGCAGGAAGAAUUGAAAGAACGAAAAGAAGCUGAAGCUCAGGCGCGCCGGGAGCAGGAAAAAAUGAAAGAAGAAGAACGCUCGAGAAAAAAAGAAGAGGACCGUCAGAGAAGAGCUAUGAUUUUAGAACAGCAUAAGUUGAAAAAAGCUAUCGAAGAAGCUGAACGUGAGGGUAAAGUAAUCGACAAAGAACUUCUUAAUGCCAUAAAGCCAACUCCUAAAUUACGUAAUAAGACUGCAUCGGCUCGUCCACGACCGAAAACAAUCCACGUUGAUCAGAGUUCGGAAAUAGAUUCUGGAGCUCUGACGCCUAGUCGCGGGAAAAAAGGUUCUUCCUCCAAUCUCAGUACAGCGACGCUGAUCUCACCAACGAUGAAACGAGAUUACUUCAGAGGCUCACAGGACACACUUACUGCUGCCCAUUUCGAUGACCGUCGCGCCGGCCUCUUCUCUAGGGGUGGCAGUCUCAAGGUAUCUUCUGUAGACUCACCUGAUGACGGUAGAGGUUGUUCGCCUUGUCGAAGCUCAACGCAACUCGGACGCCGCGGAUCUUACAAAACAUCACGAGAUACGCAGGAGCCUCAGCAACAGCCUAGAGGCAGGCCUAAAUACUCAACUUACCAAAACUUUAAGGGAAGAAAGUCAAAUUCGUUGAUGAAUUUGUGUGAUACGGACAGCGGUUUGGGGCGAGCAACUCCUCCGAGAAGAGCACCCAGUCCUGGAAUGGGAAGCACCAAGCAUUUGCCAUCGCCGUCGGGACCUGGAUCUCUUCCACCUGGUCUUAUGUCUAAACGACGAUUUGAUGACGGUAGCAGUGACAUCAGCAGCACGCCUAGUUCUAUGAUGGAGUACAAUGGUCCUCGAUUAUACAAACAACCUGCGACUAAAUCGAAUCGUGGAAUAAUGCUGAAUGCUGUUGAGUAUUGCGUAUUCCCUGGAUCAGUUAAUAAAGAAUCCAAGAGACGCGUACUGGAAGAAAUUGGACGAUCUGAAAGUAAACAUUUUCUAAUACUCUUCAGAGAUGCUGGGUGCCAGUUUCGAGCACUUUAUUCUUAUUGUCCUGAUAAGGAAGAAGUUACUAAGUUAUGUGGCACUGGACCUAAACAAGUUAUUGAUAAUAUGUUUGAUAAAUUUUUCAAAUACAAUUCUGGUGGUAAAUGUUUCUCGCAAGUGCAUACAAAGCAUCUGACUGUGACCAUAGAUGCCUUUACGAUACACAAUAGUCUUUGGCAAGGUAAAAAAGUAAAUUUACCAAACAAAAAGGACAUGGCUCUCGUCAUAUAG